CAGCAGCUGCUGCCGAAGCGUUAGCGGAAAUCGUGGCUGAAGCAGUACUGAUUGAAGAAGAGCUGUUGGCCGAUCGCACGGCAGCUGCCGCAUAAUCCAGACCCUUACAUCCGUCUCCUCAGUCUUUCCGUCUAGUGCACCAGUGACAGAAACGAUAAAACGAGGACUACUAUAAAAUCAAACAUGAUUAUCAACACGCCCGCCUAUUCUAUUUUGGAAAAUGUCUCUUUGGAUGAAAACAAUGAGGAAUUUACUACCGCCCCUUCAGUGUAUGAACCAGCUGAAGAUACCUUUCUGAUGUUGGAUGUUUUGGAAUUAGAUCUAGAGCAAGUGAUAAAUACCCGAUUGUCAAAAAAUAACACAGUUGUUGGUUCGACUGCCAAGUGUGGGCCACUGCUGGUCGUUGAAUUAGGUAGUGGUUUUGGCAUCCUUACUGCCGCUAUAUCAAAGGCUCUAAAUGAUACUCUUUCAUCAAUUGCUGUUGGAUCUCACUGUAUAGCUGUAGACAUGAACCCAAUUGCUUGUCGCAAAACCGUUAUGACAUGCAAACUUAAUGAUGUUGAAGUGGAUGCAAUACGCGGUGAUCUACUCACAUGGAUGCGACAACCUGAAAAAUCAAAUGCCAAUAAUGACUCCAACAAGGAAGUGUAUGGUCCUAUUGAUAUACUUUUAUUCAAUCCCCCCUAUGUUCGAGGCCCAGAGGGUGAACAAGCACCAACUCCUAGAAUAGCAAAAAUUGAUACUAAAGAUCAGGUAGCUCAUGAUCGACAACUAGCAAUAAUAGCAGAUGCCGCUUGGCUGGGUGGUGGUCCAGAUGGUGUAGAUGUGCUUAAAAGAGCCCUGCAUCAGGCAGCUGAUCUUCUUUCAGAGUACGGAGUAUUUUAUGCACUGAUGAUUGAUUACAAUUAUAAUGCGCUGGUGCGAGAUGAGAUUCAAGCCCGGCAUGACCGAGCUGAUCAAAAUAUUUAUUAUGAUGACUUAAAUAAUAUAGAGUUGACAACUUUUGGAAGCACCCCUGCUAGCAGACCUUUAAUAUGCACCCGUAUCUUGUCCCGAAACGUUCCUGGUGAACGCUUGGCUGUAUACCGAAUUUAUAGGCCUAUUGAUUUUAAUUGAUUUUUUUAUUCCAAUUUAUGUCAGACUGACUACUAACAUAGUUAUUGAUUUUAUUAACAUUCCUUUAUAUUUAUGUUUCAUUUAUUUUAAUUGGCAUAUUGUUAUCAUUUUAUUUAAUUAUGGGCACUUACUAUGUCCCAUUUAAGUUAUUUCUGUAAUACCAUGUAUUAUACAAGUCAGUUCAAUUAAAUUAUUUUAAUUCAGAGUUUAUAUUUUAAUACUUGCAUAAGUAAAUAUUAUUUUAUACAAUAUUGUAAAAUAUAAGAUCAGUGCUGCAAAACAUCAUUCAUUAAACUUUUUAACUUAUUUAUGUUUUAUAUUUUUAAUCUCACUUAUUUUGUAGUUUUUAUCAAUUUUAUUAUUUAUUAAAUACUGUAUUAAACUUUGAAUCCAAUUGAUUAAUGAACAUAUUAUUAUUUAUAUUCAUUUAUACUCUAAACAUUUUUAAUUACUUAUUUUAUAUUCAUUUAUACUCUAAACAUUUUUAAUUAUUUAUUUUAUAUUAAAAAUAUAAACAUUUAGUUUUCGAGAAACUAUUUGAAAAUCCAAGUGGGGUAGCUACAUUUUAUUUCCAAUGAAAAAUAAAUGUAUUUUAGUUAGUAAGAAUUAUAAUUUUGUCAAAUACCAAUGGGUAUAAUUAUUUUUUUUUUUCAUCUUGAAAGUUGAAAUAUUUUUGUGGUGUAUUUUGUACUUCGUUAAGUAAUUAAAAUAUUUUUUACUGCAUUUCACUAUGUUUUUUUUGUUAAACAACUAACAUUAUUCAAAUUACAAUAAUCUUUAAGUACUUAGCACGUUUAUUUUUUAAUACAUUAUUUAUAUUAAUAAAUUACUUUGAAAAAAUGGUGA